AUGAUACACGGUCACACUUCUGACUUUGUGUGAAUCCGACUAAAGUUAAAUAUAAUAGUUAAAUUAGGAGUAGCCGAAAUGCAGCGCGACGAAAAGCUUUUUGAGCUCACGCUGGAAACGGUCCUUCAACGUCUGAACGACCUGAAGCUGGCGGUCCUCUCGAUGAUCCAAAAACUAGAGCUAGAGUACGAGACCAUCAACUGGCCGACUUUCCUAGACAACUUUGCCAUUAUCUCAAGUCACUUGACGGGAUUGACUAAAAUUCUGGCAAAGGAGCAGUGUCCGCCACUCAGGAACCGAACAGUCCUGCCACUGCUGGUCUCAAUGGACCGGGAUGACACCCUCAUCAACAUAACAGAGGGCCGGGUGCCGGUCUUUUCACACGACAUUGUUCCCGACUAUCUUAGGACCCGGCCGGAUCCAAUUACGGAACAAAAAAUGCUGCAAAACGAACAGAAGGCGGCCAACCUAACAAACGACGCUGCAAUGAAACAGGUUACCCAAUACAACAAGGUCGUCUCCCACGUCCUCGACAUGGUCAGCAAAGCGCGCGAGGAGUGGGAAAUCGAGAGCUCCUCGCGCACCGGCAUCCAGCAGACGAGUAGCAUGGCCGACACGCAGCUUCUGGUGGCCGCCGUGGGAAUGGGGAAAGGACUGAAGCUGACCAACUAUGGACCCGGGCCUGGCAUGAUGGUUCCGCCUUCAAUUCGAGCACCUUCGCCAAUGGGUGGCCCCGCUAUGAGUCCCGGCAACGUACAGCAGCAGCUCGGAAAGGCGCCAUCGGCUGUGAAAACGAACAUCAAGUCCGCCAAUCAAGUACAUCCGUUCUCUCGAUAGAAAAACCCGCAGUUUAUUGGCUAUAAUCGGUUCCAUGUGGCGGAAUGUGUCGUCGUAAUAAGUUAUAUAUCUCUAAUUCUAAAACUAUGAUUAAGCAAACAUAAACAUGAACAAAUUCAAAUGGAUCGUCUCCUCCGACU